AUGUGGGGAGAUGAAAAUGUUGUUGUGGGAUUUAGCUCUUCGAGUGCAAACUCGUCUCAGAGAAACAACAUCCACUCAUGGAGUUUCGAGUCAAGAAUCAUGCCGCGAUGGAUGCAUUCUGAACCCUUGGAUCCACAACAGUCUGUGGGUAAGGAAGAAGAGAGGAAAGUUCACACGGUGAGAAUUGUUUCCGCAUUGGCGUUUGGCACUGGAUGUGGAGCUUUGGGGGCAAUGCUCGUGUUGAUCUUGUGGGCUGUGUUGGGAGAUAGGCGCCCCAUUGUGCCAGAGGAGUUGGUCUCGCAAUCUAAGGAGUCGGAGUGCAAGAAGUUUGGUGUUUCUGUAGAUAAAACCGUCAAAGAUGGUAAGGUUUUAGGUGCUUGA